GACAUGAUACUUUUUUUCUCUUUUCACUUCCCUUUUCGACAUCUCUAGGCUGGGCACACAACACCCGCUUGAUCUGAUGAUUCUUGAUUCUCCUUUGGCAAUUUAUGUGUCCAGAUCUAGCCUCUUUUGGCUAUGCUAAGCCACGAUAUGGCAAGUGUCCAAGGCUUAAUUAAGCCUUAAGGUAACCAUCAGUUCAACCCCCCGGACCUUUUUCUCCAGUUCUUUCUCUUUUGGUAUUAUGUUGAAUGAUUUGAGUCAUUCCACUGGAGCAUCCAGAUGUUUUUGAUACCGUACCGGGAGAAAAGAGGGCGUUUCAUUUGCUAACUGGUGUGCGAUCGGGCACUUCGGGUUGUAACACUUGAUAACGCAUAUCUGAUAUUCUCAUCCCUUUGCUUUAUUAUUAUUCACUAACCUACCUACUUCAUAUUUUCACUUUUGAUUUCGCGCUAUCAACCACUUCUAUUUUGUUGAUGGCUGUUUGAAUCUCUUGAAGAGUUCUAUUUUUACUACUCUCACAAGCUUCUUUUGUAUCUCUAAUACUUAAUAUAUAAUGUCACAAGCAGCAACAGAUAUGACUGCUAACAACGGACCUGCGAUGGCAAAUGGGGCUGCACAAACCCCAUCACAGUCAAUACCAAUAUCCGCCACGGAAUCAUACAUCUCUACUGAGAAUACCCCGAACAAUGUACAUCAAGAAACAGAACGGCCCAACCUUGCACCUACGAAAUUAUGGCAAACCGAAAGACCCCAAGCAGCGAGGAAAUCCUCUCUACUGGCGCCAGCUUACAGGAGAGGUCAAACGAAUACGUCAAUGUUGAAUGAAGCGAUUUGGAGUAAAGGACCUGUUUCUAAGGACGACGAUUCUACAAGUAGCAGCAGCAGUGAGGACGAGGAAGAUAUUCCAGCAGAAAAGAAGAAAAGGACACAAAUGCCAGGGAGGAAAAAUACAGAUACGGGUGGCAGGAAACAAUAUAAUAAAUUUCAGGUUGGAAAUGAAGAUUUCAACACCAAGGGAAGGGUCUCGAAGAGAGAUGGACGAUUAAAUAUCAGUGUCAAUGAGACCAGUAAUAGAGGAUAUCUUGCUAAAGCUUUAGGUGCCACCUUCUUCAAUAAAGUCGGGAAUGAUAAUAUGGCAGGCGAGUCACCAGAGGCGAAUCUUGUAAGACGUCAAAGAGGUAAACUCUCGAGAAUUCCAUCGGACGACACAGUCGCUUCAGAUUUGCCCAGACCUAAGUUGAAUAUUGUUGUAAUGGUUAUUGGAAGUCGUGGCGAUAUACAACCAUUUUUGAAAUUGGGAAAGUGUUUGAAGGAGUAUGGCCAUAGGGUGAGAAUAGCAACACAUCCCGCGUUCCGAGAUUUUGUUCAGAAAGAUUCCGGUUUGGAAUUUUUCUCUGUUGGUGGGGAUCCUGCAGAACUUAUGGCGUUCAUGGUUAAGAAUCCGGGAAUGAUACCGACGAUGGAUACUCUUAAGAAAGGAGAAGUGGGGAGACGAAGGGAACAGAUGGCAGAGAUGUUUGAAGGCUUCUGGAGAGCUUGCAUCAAUGCUACAGACGAAGAGAAAAAUGUUAAAAAUCUUAAGAUGAUGGGAGAUAGAGCACCAUUUGUCGCAGACGCUAUUAUUGCAAAUCCUCCAAGUUUUGCACACGUUCAUUGCGCCGAACGACUAGGUGUACCUCUUCAUCUCAUGUUCACAUUCCCAUAUACUCCCACGCAAGCAUUUCCACAUCCUUUGGCCAAUAUCAAGAAAACAAAUGUGGAUCCAGGAUACACGAACUUUAUGUCAUACCCAUUGGUGGAAAUGAUGACUUGGCAAGGUCUUGGUGAUCUAGUCAACAAUUUCAGAGUAAAGACUUUAGGUCUGGAACCGGUGUCAACAUUAUGGGCCCCAGGUCAGCUUUAUCGGUUAAAAGUUCCUUAUACGUACCUCUGGUCACCUGGACUCGUACCAAAACCAAAAGAUUGGGGACCAGAAAUUGAUGUUGCUGGUUUCGUUUUUCUUGAUCUCGCAAAUACAUUCACACCACCGGAUGAUCUUACCAAAUUUCUUGAAGAUGGAGAGCCACCAGUCUAUAUUGGUUUUGGUUCUAUCGUUGUUGAUGAUCCUGAUAAAUUUACAGAAAUGAUUUUCCAGGCCGUAAAGAAAGCUGGAGUAAGGGCAUUGGUAUCAAAAGGAUGGGGUGGCCUUGGUGGUGACAAUACACCCGAUAAUGUGUUUAUGCUCGAAAAUACACCCCAUGAUUGGCUCUUUCCGAGGGUUAAGGCGGUGGUACAUCAUGGCGGUGCUGGAACUACAGCUAUUGGUCUUAAAUGUGGAAAGCCAACCAUGAUUGUUCCAUUCUUUGGAGAUCAACAAUUCUGGGGAUCUAUGAUUGGUAGCUCAGGAGCUGGAGCAGAUCCCGUUCCAUACAAGGAAUUAACAGCUGAUAAAUUAGCUGAAGGUAUCAAGCAGUGUUUGACGGAUAAGGCAAGAGAAGCAGUAGAGAAAAUUGCCAAGGAUAUUGAAGCUGAAGGUGAUGGUGCAGAAAAUGCAGUCAAAUCAUUCCAUCGAAGUCUUACUCUUCGAGGCGAACAUUCUAUGCGUUGUUCCAUUCUGGAAGAUCGAGUGGCGGUUUGGACCAUGAAAGGUACUAAUUUACGAUUAAGUGCUUUGGCUGCGGAAUUGCUGGUUGAGAGAAAGCAAAUUACUUGGAAACAAUUAAGACUCAUUAGACAUCAUGAGUGGAAUGAUUUCGAAGGACCGGGUGAGCCUAUUAGUGGCGUCACAACAGCUGUUACAGGUACGGUUACGGGGAUUGCUACUGGUGUUGGUGGUAUACCAUUCAAAGUUAGAAAGACGAUAAAAAGGAGAAGUAUGCAUGAAGAAAGGAAGAAGAGGAAAUCCGAAGAAAUACGAAAAAGUGGAAGUGGAAGCACUCUGAAUGAGAAGAAAGCAUAUUCUCGAAAGAGUGGCGAUAGUACUACACUCAACAAUCAGACCAUACAAGAGGAGAGUCAUCAAAAGGAGAACGGUGACCCAAACAAAAAUACUGAAAGCACGAAUUUACCGCCACAAGCACAAAACACGAGUCCCGAGGCAGCCUUGGAUCCAUCAUGCAAUGCUGGCAUGGCGAAUCAUACCACAAGCGGUGAACCAACUCGCCAAUACAGCCAAGCUAAUCGUGAAGAACAAAAUUUACAAGCUGCUAAUAACAUUGACGAUCAAUCUAUGCUCUCACGUGAAUCAACUACAAAUGAAGCCGAAGCAGUAGCUAAAGAGAUUGGUUAUGGUUUUGGGAAAACAGCAGAAGCAGUAGCUCGCGCACCCAUGGAUUUAGCACUAGCCCUCGCUCAAGGGUUUCACAAUGCUCCUCGUCUAUAUGGAGAUACUACAGUGCGUCGUCCAACUCGAAUUACAGGUAUGAAGAGCGGAUUGAAGGCAGCUGGAGAAGAAUUUAUCUUUGGAAUUUACGAUGGUGUAACAGGUUUGGUAGUGCAACCUUACACAGGAGCUCGGGAUCACGGAGCGUUAGGACUUGUAAAAGGAUUAGGAAUGGGUCUUACCGGAUUCGUAUUGAAGGAUAUAAGUGCCAUCAUAGGACCCUUCGGCUACACAUUAAAAGGCGUGCACAAAGAACUAGUAAAAAGCAAACAACCCACCGCCUUCAUCCGACGAGCCCGAAUCCUCCAAGGCCAACGCGAUGUAAAUCAACUAGCAUCAAACCCUACAGAAAGAAAAGAAAUAGAAGAGAGAAUCACACAUGGCUGGGCCAUCAUCCUCCAAGUCUGGAAAAUAAUGGAUGACAAAAAGCAUGGUGCGGGAUUGGGGUUUAAGGGUCGCGUAAAAGUAAUGCGUGAACGCAAAACAUGGCGCGCGAAUGCCGCAUUUGAAGGGGUAGGCGCGGCAGAGCGAGAGAUGCUCGCGAGGAAAAAUGUGGAUGGAAAUGCAGGGGAUGAUAAAGAACAAGUAUCUUCCGAGAGACGAAAAGGAGAACCGAGGAAAGGACAGUUGGAAGAUGAGAGGAUAUUGAGGGAUAAAGAGAUUCCUAGGGCUCCUAAGGGGAAGGAGGGUGAUGAGGAGGUUAAUUUUUUGAAUGGGCGUGAUGGGGGAGAGGGAGAGGUUGUGGUUAGUUGAGAUGGAGGUGGAGAGGAAGAAGAGGGGAGGGAAUGUGAUGUUUGAGGGAUAGGAUAGGAUACCUUGGGCGGGUUUAGUGAAUUAAUAUUAUUUGUCUGUUUUUUGCUGUUGUAUUAUAAGCGAGGCGUUUACUGUCGUUGGGAAAGUGGCACUUGGAGCAGAUAUUUACGGAUUUGCAUGGUAUAUAUACUCACUCUAUUGAGAUUUAUAUUGGUUGGAAUGGUAUCUACAUGAUCGUUUAAUGCAUAUACGCGU